GCCUCAUGGUGACUCCGUCGGGGUACCGGAAGACCGUGAGGCAGACGGCUCUUCACCAGAGGGCUGGUGCGAUGCACGCGGCGGACAUGGUGGAGCUCAGUUACUGGGACACAAGCAUCUGUUUCCACCUCCUCUUCAGCGAAGCUGUGAAGCACCGGGAGAUGCUCCUUGAAUACGGAGAGGAGGGGGCUACGGAAGGAGACAGCGAGGCAGAGAAUGAGGCCCGCUUCAUGGAGGUCGGGACGCUUUAUGCGAACUGGUGUUUUCUGCCAUGCUCAACUAAUGCUGCGCACCAAGCUCUCCAACACGCUAGCGUAAUAGAUCAAGAGAGUGGCUGCUGUGUCUGCGCGAAUACGACGGCUGGAGGAGAUGGACGAGGACCUCCGGGGGGACCAGGGACUAGUUCAUCUCCCCACGGGGAAGACAACGGGGCGAAAGGACGAGAUUCGUUGAACCUCCCCGAUGUGGACCAGGGAGGACCGAGAGUAGCCGCGGAUGGAGGGGAACAAGAUCCAACUAUCGCCCUUGUCGACGUCCUCCGCCAAGUUGCCACCUUCGCCUCCCAGACUCCGGGACAUGACGUCCGCUCAGGCACGUCUAGUUCCCAGCCCCUAGAGUUGAAGCUGAGAGAGAGUGUCGAAGUACCUGAGCGGAAUGAGGCUUUCUUGAAGGAUCGGAGUGUGACUGUCGCGUUCCGAAUUUCGACGAGUUGUUUCUCAGGGUGGAUGGAUGCAAAGGGUCUUGAAGAGAUCAUGAGAGGAGAAGAGAUUCCUGUGGAGGAUCAAACGGAGGUCUGGAGAGGGGAUCGAGGACACGAGGCAUGCGCCCGUCGCUGCCGGUGUGGGCCGGGGCGGCGGCAUGAGGAGAGCAGCUGCUGCGGGAGCGGAUGGCAGAAAAGUGCCUUCUUCUGUCAGGUUCACGGAGCGAACUCCUCCCACAACAUCCCGGACUGCCAUAAACUUCGCCAGGACUUCUUGUUCCACUACAACGACUUCAUGGCGUUCAUUCGCGAGAGGGACAGUAUGCGCGGACCAGGGCCCGACGCUGAUGAGCAGCGAGUCUUCAACGAGGCCUUUAGCACCACUACUCAGCCGGCGACUCAGCAGCAGCAGCAGCAGUACACCGGCGCUACUCCAACGACCUCUGCCUCCUCGACGGCGACCCCCUCUCCACCUCCGGGCGACAUUUCUCCAGCAAGUGGCGCCCCUCUUCGUCUCUUCCUCACACGUAGUGUGAAUUCUCUAGGCAAGUCUGAUUCUGUGUCUGGAAAUGAGAUUGAAGUUGUUAGUUAUGGGGAGGUGUCUGGUGUUCCCGUUCCUGGUAUGUCUGUGCUUGAUGUUCCUGUUGUUCCUAUAGUGAACCUUGCUGAAACCUCUCAAGCUCCGGUAAGCCACACUAGGAUGUCAACACCCAAAGGUGGUGAGCAGUUGCAGGGAGACUCGGGAACGAGUGCGGGGAUGUUUGAUGCGAGGGAAGGAGUUGCGUCUGAGUAUGAUGUGGCUGCGUUGGGUCGUGCCGAACAAAUGGAUAUUGACAUCUUCCACCACCGCGCUGGCCACUUUCCCGAACCCAUUUUGAGUUUGACUGCCAAGCAACAAGGGAACACCCUCCCCAGGGAGUUGAAACCCGGGACCACUGCCGCUUGGCCGCCCACUGCCACCGCUGCGCCUUGGUCUGCCAUCGCCGCCGCCGCGGGGGGUACUAUCACCGCUUCGCCGACCGCUGCUGCCGCUGCACCGUGGCGACCCGCCACCGCCGACGCCACUUCAUCGUCGCCGUCGCACACCGCUGGUGGCGCACCAUGGACUGCAGCCGCCGCCGCCGCCGCCGCCGCCGCACCGUUGCCGCUGCUGCCAAACCCCAGGGCCGGCGUGCCGUCUGCACCCUCGCCGGGUGCCGCCGCGCUGCCGGACCCGCGGAUGACCGCGACGAGGACAACCACCGCUUCGCUGCCCGCCGCCGUUAUCACCGCCGCGCCACUGCCGUCGCCACUGACCUCCGAGGCCGAUGGACGGCUUGCGCCUUCUCCAGGUGCCGCCAAGCUGCCGGGCUCGAAGACGGCCGCGGCGAGGAGUGCCGCCGCCGCCACUUUGUCGUCGCAGCAGCAUUCCGCCGCAGAAGGGGCCGGUGAGUUGAGGGGCGGCAAGCUGGGGGGUGGCGAGAUGGAGGGCUAUGGAGAAAGCAUGUUUGGGAGGGGUGCACGUGGGAGACCAAGAGCAACCUGCUGGGGGUCGCUCCUCGGCAUUCCGUUUGGGCUCGUGGCGCACCUCGCAUCGCGCGACGACAUCGAGUCUGAUCUAACGAUGUGGAUUUCGUGUUUAGCUUAG